AUGGAAGAGUGCUCUCGGGCUAUCCCAGGCGCCCGGCGGCUAGAUCCUCGGCAUUUUGACGGUCUUGGGUCAAGUGAGAAACGCCAGGAUAUUGUGGACCGCGUCAAGUACUUGGUGCGUGGUGAAAGGCUUGAGGAGCCCCCGCAUAUCCUGAGGGCGCGACUCACGCUGGCGCAAGCUGGCAAGGACUGGGGGGAUGCCAGCGAAGAAGAAAUAUGCGAUGCCUUAAGUCAGCAGUCAAAGCCCCUCUUCGAAAGCGGUUUCUGGGAAAUGGGAAGCGCCGAAUACGAUACAUUGACGGGUAGGAUUUACCAGACUCAACUCGAUUACUAUGGCCUCGAUCAUGGAUCGGCCAGCGGUAUAUUCCUCAACCUAUUGCGCGACGACCCCGGUUCCUCGUUUCUUUGCCAGCGGCUAAAACAAACCGGCACCACCAUCAAAAAGAUCAUCCAUUUCACGCGGCAACCCGUCGAGGAUAAACAUCGGAGGCUCGCCUUCAAAGUCAAAGAGAAGAGGGGCUACUUCUUCGACGACGUGGCCUUCCUCCAGGCCAUUCAGGAAGCAGAUCUCAAGCCUGCCGUUAUCAUGAAGGAAUUCAUGUUCUGGAAAGACGGAGCUGAUCAGGACGCCGAGGCGUUGGAGAGGUCAGAUUGGUUGAGUUACAACACUACACACUGGCUGACCGAGCACUAUGAUGUUGACGUCUGCUCUGGGUGUCCAGGCAGCGGGUUUGUCACUUGCAGGCCGACGAUCUACAUCAGAAAGGGCACAUCUCUGGUGUAUGCUUUUAAGACAGGGUUAAGAAGGGCGUCAACAUUGUUGUCACGGAGUGGCACUAAUUAA